AGUUGAACUGAAAACAAGUGUUGAAUAUUUUAGUACAGGAGUAUUUUACAGUAAUCAGCAGUCACUGCGGUUUGUUUUUAAACAAAAAUAAACUAUUACUGAGCCAUUUCAUGUGAUUACUUUCUCAGAAGCUGGAGUGUAGAGUGAGGCAGUGGCAGGAAUAGUGAAAUGCGGAACUGUUGUAAUACUCUUCACAGUGAACUAGAGUCUGUGUGAAUUAUAGUCUUUCUCAGACAUGAGAAGAGCAGCAGAGAUACACACCACGCACAUCGGUCAAUGACAGAAACAAAAUGCUGAGACCACUGCUUGAUUUCAUUUUUGCAAUGGUCUUAAAUGAUUACCUGUUCACUGGAGCUGAGAACAUCAGACUGGUCAAUGGUUUAGAUGUCUGCUUUGGGACAGUGGAGGUAAAGAACUCUAAUAGCCAGUGGGAGACCGUGUGUGAUGACUCCUGGGACAUCAAUAAUGCUGCUGUGGUGUGCAGUGAGCUGGGAUGUGGAAGAGCAAUUAUUGCACUUGGCCAAGCUAUUUUUGGGGAAGGGACUGGUAAUGUCUCAUGGAUUAAGUUUAGAUGUAUUGGAAACGAGACCUCCUUCAAGAGUUGCAGUUCUCGUAAUGCAACCUCAGUAUGCAGUCAUAGUGAAGACGCUGGAGUCGUGUGUGCAGCGUCUUCAGUUGUAUACAUUGCAGCUGCGGUAAUCAUCGUGCUGUUCAUAUCAUCAUCACUGCUAAUUGUUUUGCUCGUAAAGAAGAGGAAAAAAAUGAAGACAAUCCAGAUAUGUUCCUCUUCAAUUGAUGCAGUUAACAUGCCAGCUGUGCUCCAUAAUGAGCGGAAUGAAGAGACCAUUGAUGAUGACUAUGAAGUUGUAGAUAUGGAUCCUGGAGUGCGUGAAGACUCUGACUCUGAACAGGACUAUGUGAACAUAGACCAGGGUGACUCUGACCCGGACUACGUCAAUGUGGAAACAGACGAAUCAGAACAGGAUUACGUCAAUAUGGAAACGGAUGAUUCAGAACAAGACUACAUCAAUGCAGCCAUUACAGAAAACAUUAUCUAUGAUAGACAAUUACAAUGAAGGCCUAUGGAAGACACAUGAUGAAAUACAUUACUGAUUUUUAUUCUUUCAACAGUAAAGAAAGGUCUACUUAUUCACACUUCUGAAGCUAACAGUGAGAAAACGAUUUCAUUAUCACACAGAAGUGCUUCAGACUUUGGAGAGAAGGAGCUGAAAGUUUCCAGAUAAGAACCAGGCACAGUUAGUGGUGAUUGAAUUAAUUAUAUAUCAUAGGCAAUGUCCCAGUAUCAAUAAUUAAUUGUAUGUGAAGAAAACAAGGGCUCAUUGGACACAGCACUAAUAGUAAAUUCAAUAAAAGUUUUUUUUUAUAUACAAACUUGUGAACAUCAGUCUCCUUCAGUGAAAAUGGUGGCUUUAGCUAUUAUUUUUAAUUAUUUGCUUAUUGUUUUUAUUAUGAACGUACAAACAAAAACAAAAAAAGGACAAAGACAGGGAUACCAGUAGGCACAAG